AUGCUAAAUGAUUCAGCCAAAUUAUUCGCUUUGACGGCACAAGUGCAGACCAAGAUUCUCGGUUUGCAGACAAGAAAAAGAAGCUUCUCAAGAGUAUGGAGUUCGGUGACAAUCUCAACAAGAAGGUAUGCCUUCUGGUUACUACCUCAUUGUCAGGUUGAUAUGACCAAAGUAAAUGUUGAGUCACUUCGUCCGUGGAUUGUUAAGAGGAUUACAGAACUCCUUACCUACGAGGAUGACAUUCUGUGCGACUACGUUUUCAACCAGUUAUCUGAACAGGUAGUAAAUCUCGGCAAUCACUUUGUCCGGAUAAAUAUUUGUCAUCCCGAUCCAAAGGAAAUCCAAAUCAACAUGACUGGCUUCUUGCUUAGCAAAAAUGCGCGUAUCUUCAUAAGUGAACUAUGGGAUCUCCUCUUAUCUGCCAUGUCCACUCCGGGAGGUGUGCCAGCCGUCUUCUUAGAGGCCAAAAAAGUUGAACUGUCUCAAAAGCAGGUAUUUAACGUAUGUUUCGUUUGUGUCUCGCUUUUUCGAACUAACCACUGUUAA